UCAUAAUUUAAUUUAACUACUCAAGACAACCAUAAACUGUCUGUGUAAAUUGUUCGUAAUAAUGGUUUACAUUUAUUGAUGAUAUGACGAGAUAAUAUUUUGCCUUUUGUAGGAUAUUACAAAAUCACAAUUCAAAUGAGUCAACGAGCACCAAAGAAGUAUCCGGCUACCAUUAAACCGGAGGAUCAAAAAGGACAGAAGGACAGGGUAGACCCAAACCAGCUGACCGAGGAACAAAUAGCAGAGCUGAAGGAGGCAUUCUCGCUGUUCGACAAGGACGGUGACGGGGAUAUCUCCACCAAGGAACUGGGGACGGUGAUGCGAUCGUUGGGACAGAACCCAAGCGACCAGGAGCUGGAAGACAUGAUACGGGAGGUCGACACUGACGGUAACGGUUCGAUAGAGUUCGACGAGUUCCUGCAGAUGAUGGCGCGGAAGAUGAAGGAGACAGACACGGAGGAGGAGAUCAAAGAAGCCUUCAAGAUAUUCGACAAGGACGGAGAUGGUCUCAUAUCGCCCGCAGAGUUACGUGGCGUGAUGACUAACCUGGGCGAGAAGCUAACAGACGAGGAGGUGGAGGAGAUGAUGAAAGAGGCGGACCUGGACGGGGACAACAUGAUCAGCUACGACGAGUUCGUGAAAAUGAUGAAUAAAUGAUCAAUGGGUCCCACUUUACUAGUAUAAAGUGCCAAAUAUUGGUCAACUACCGGUGCUCGAAGAAUCGAACAUUUAGUUAAUACCGAGAUAACUUGCUCUACAUUCCGGUGUGUACCCUGUAGAUUCUUAUCGGAAAAGUGCUGUAUGUCUUAUAAAUGUUGUUGGAUCUUUUACAUUAAUUUUUCAUUUUAAACUCGUGUGUUUUUCCGCUAAAAAUACAUAAAAUAACAGAGACCGCACCCCUCUUCACCCUGGUAGCAAAUUCUAUAAUAAGUCUGUGUUUAUCAGAACUCGUUAUAGUUCAUAUACUAGACGACCCGAUGUGCAAAUUGUACAUAGCAAUUCCUUUCGACGACGGUGUACAUACAAAUAAAUUAAUUUGAAAUAUGUGCAAAUGUAUAUAAUAAGUGUAUAUUAUAAUAUGACUUUGGGACGUUUAACAUUCUUUCAGGGUGAAAGUGUUUUAUGCUGUUUUACUAUUUGACGUUUAAAAGUAAUGCACUUAUACUAGUUUACAUUUACAUGUAAUCGGGAAAUAAGGCUAAGCCUUGUUAUCGAGAUAUCUCAUUCCCACUUCCUCGGCCGCCAUACACGGUUUGAUAUAUUAUUAAUAGUUUUCUGAUAAUCGCCCAUAAUGUUUCUUACAACACGAUAAUUGUGAUAAUUACGUUUAUGAUAGAAUGAAUGACUGUAUUUAACGUCAUUUUAAAGAGAUACGCUCAUAUGUAAUUUAAUAACUCUUCGUGAAAGAAACAAACAAUUGCAACUUAUGUAAAAAAAAAGACGAAUGUAGUGUCAGUUUAAUGUAAGUUUUAGCAUGGUCCUUCUGAUAUACAACCAUGAUAUUAAAUAUGUCUUUAUUUGCAUAUGAUAUUCAAUACGCAAUUAUAAGCAUUUGGUCUAAAUUCAUGUGUGGUUGCCAUUUUGCACACCACUAUCAUUAUGUGUUUUUAUUAAAUCAGUGAUAAUAUGUUAUGUAUGUAUUGUGUGUAUACUUGAUUGUUUGCU